AUGGACCCAACGAGUCUGUUUCGAGUGGACGGUAUGGUGGCUGUAGUGACUGGUGGCGCUACCGGUAUUGGACUCAUGAUGGCGAAGGCUCUUGCAGGGGCAGGAGCAAAGAAGGUUUAUCUGCUUGGCAGGCGAAAGGAAGUUGUAGAAAGUUCAGCGUCUCAGGAUCCAGCCUUCGUCCCCAUAGUAUGUGAUAUCGGUUCGAAAGAGUCCCUGCAGUCCGCUGUUGACUUCAUCACAAAUGAUGUAGGAUAUAUCAACUUGCUCGUGGCCAAUUCCGGAAUAGUAGGCCCUACCCAUUCCUUCAAUCCGGAGUUCACAAUCCAGGAACUUCGUAAAAGCUUGUUCGAGGAAGUAUUGAUGGAAGACUUCACGGAAGCUUUCCAUAUCAACGUGACUGCGACUUACUUCACUUUGUUGGCCUUCCUGGAACUGCUCGAUGCUGGUAAUAAAAAGGCCUUGAAUGGAGGCUUUGGUGCGCCAUCCAAAGAGGGCAGCAAUGUUCCCUUGAUACCGAGUCAAGUCGUUAUCACCGGAAGCUUAUCCGGCUUCAGUAGGGAAAGGAUGUCGGCACCCGCAUACUCUGGUAGCAAGUCAGCUAUAAUCCACCUUACCAAGCAUGCCAGUACGAAUCUGGCCCAAUACGAAAUUAGAGUCAACGCACUGGCGCCCGGCUUAUUUCCGAGUGACCUAGCCACUAGCCUGAUGUCUGGACGCGAUCCAAGUACAGAAGGCCUCGAGAAUUCCAAAUUCAUUCCGUCAAGGCGCUUUGGGGGUUAUGAGGAGAUGGGUGGUAGUUUGUUGUAUCUUGCUAGCCGGGCCGGCUCGUACUGUAAUGGGUUUAUCCUUGUUAACGAUGGUGGAAGAUUGUCGGUGAUGAUAUCGGACUAUUAA